UGGUACGAGAGGCGGCGGCCGUUGUCCCGGGUGCUGCAGCUAUGUCGGAGCGGAAGGUGUUGAACAAAUACUACCCCCCAGACUUCGAUCCUGCGAAGAUCCCGAAGCUCCGGCUCCCGAAGGACCGGCAGUAUGUGGUGCGGCUCAUGGCCCCCUUCAACAUGCGCUGCAAGACCUGUGGGGAAUACAUCUAUAAGGGGAAGAAGUUUAAUGCCCGUAAGGAGACCGUUCAGAAUGAGGCGUACCUGGGGCUGCCCAUCUUCCGCUUCUACAUCAAGUGCACGCGGUGCCUGGCAGAGAUCACGUUCAAGACAGAUCCCGAGAACACAGACUACACCAUGGAGCAUGGGGCCACGCGCAACUUCCAAGCUGAGAAGCUCUUGGAGGAAGAGGAGAAAAGAAUGCAGAAGGAGAGGGAAGAGGAAGAGCUCAACAAUCCCAUGAAGGUCCUGGAGAACCGAACCAAGGACUCGAAGCUGGAGAUGGAGGUUUUGGAGAACCUGCAGGAGCUGAAGGAACUCAACCAGCGCCAGGCAAACGUGGACUUCGAGGCCAUGCUGAAGCAGUACAAGGAGCUCGAGGCAGAACAGAAGCGCAAGGAGCAAGAGGAGGAUGAGCAAGAGAUCAGAGAGAUGCUGGAGCAGGCGCAGAACCGCCGGCUCCUGCUGGACUCAGACUCUGAUGAGGAGCCUGUGAAGCCACACGUGAAGCCUGAGGCCAGAAUGAACCCCACAGACAUCCUGCAGGAGGACCCCCAGCCCCAGAGUAAGAAGCUGAAGACUGAGAGCUGGGAGCGGAGCGUGGGCAAACUGAACACCAAGUCCCAGCUGGCUGGGCUGGUGACAGUGAGGAAGCAAAAGCCAAGUCCUGCCCUGGGAAAUGGCACAGGGAACCAGGAGACCACGGCCAGCACUGGCUCGGCUCCCAGCACCACCUCCUCCCUCAGCUUGCUGGGGGUGUACGAGGACAGCGAGGACAGCGCAGGGGACUGAUGAGGGCACCGGGGGCUCCUGUUCCUGCUUCCAGAGCCCCAGUAGGAGCUGGCACCGCAGCAGGGAGCCCAGCGGGGCUCCCGGAGCGUCUGCACCCCCAGCACCUCCCCUGCCUGCCCAGGGUCGGUGCCGUCCUGCAGCAGGGAGCAGAGCCCGGACGGUGCCUUCCUCACAGGACACUGCUGCUGUGUCCCAGUCUGGCUGUGCCCGGAUGCAGCCAGCCCUGCACCACAGCGGGUUGGGAAGCACCAGGGCCAGUCCCAGGACUGCACCUUUGUCCCUUCUGGUGGCACCUGCUGCCCUCACCCCCUGCUCUGGUUUGUGAUGCACCAACCUGCCCACAGCAGUAAAGGGACCUCAGGGCCUUUCUUCCCUCCUCGCCUGCAUCCCUGUGAGGAGCAGGGGCAGGUGGGUGCUCAGCACCCCUCUUGUGCUGCAGGAGGAUGCCCUCACCCCAUCUCAGGCCCUGGGUGGCUCCUGCCCCCUCCCCGUGGGGCUCAGGACCUGCUAUUGCAGGGUGAGCUUGCAUCCCUCAUUGUGCUGGUGGGGGGACACAUUAUGGGGGGUCAGGGCUGUCCCCCCUGUGCCCCAGCAGCUCCAUGCUGGACCUUCCCCAUGGCUGAGGGGGUUUCCUGGUAAUAAAUUGGAUCCAUCUGA